AUAACUUGCAACCGGUUAAAGAAGUGAUAAACUUUAUAAACCUACGUUCAAUUCUACCUGAUCAAUUAAAUCUUUCCCAAACCAUUUUUUACCCUUUUUAUAACAAAGUUACUCAAAAGAUUGCUGGGGUUCCCUCGACGUAGAACAACGAAACUGAAACGGAGAAUAUGAAGGUGAUGACGCCUCUGGAUGUUGGACAACGACCCUGUUCCCAUUCCCAUUAGGUUGAUAACAGGUCUUAAUGGCUACAAUGGAUCAUGUUUGUUUGAAAUUUUGGCAUGGCGGUUCAUUUAAGAAAAAAAAAGACAAAUUAGUUUACUUCAAUGGACAGUGUAUGACUUUUGAGGUAGAUGUUGAUGAAUUGUGUUGGUUUUGGCUUGAGGAAUUGGCAAAGAAAUGUGGGAGUUACACUAUUAUUGAUGAAAUAUGGUAUUUGGUUCCUGGACUGAGCUUGGAUAACGGCUUGAGGAGGGUUUAUAAUGAUAAAGAGGUACUACAAAUGAGUGAAUUACUACUGAAAGCUAGGUCCCUGGAUAUGUAUGUGUUGCAUGGCCUUGAUCAACCUGAAAUGGUGCUGAUGUUACCACCAAUUCUGAACACAGAACCUGCCACAGAACCAUCAAAUAUAGAUGAAACAAUUGGUUCUAGAGUUAUAGAUGAUGAGGUAGAAACACAGAUUCAUGAUGAUUGUGAAGCUGAAAUAGAAAGUGAAGCUGAAUUUGAAGGUGCGGAAGAUGAAGUUGAAGCCAGUGAGUUCUUAUUCGAUGGGGAGAAUGAAGAUUUGAGUGACGGUGAAGUGGAAGCUAGUGAUGAUGAAUAUAGAGCUGCAAAGCAAAGGGUUAAAGAUUGCAAUAACAAAUUGUUUGAAAUUGCCAAAAAACUUCAAAAAGAAGCAGCAAAAGGUACUCUUGAAGGUCUGAAAAUGAAAUCUCUUUCUUGUGGAGAACAUAAUACCUGUAAUAUAGAAGAUGGUUAUUUAAGUGAGUAUGAGGACAGUGAGGAAGAAAUCCACACGCCCCCAGAGAGUGCAGAAGAAGACUUAGCGGAGAGGAAGAAAAUAAGAAGUGCUGAUUUUGUUAGUACAGAUAUUGACUUCUCAACGUUUGAAUGGAAGGCGGGUCAGCGAUUUGCUACUCGGGAGGAAUUUAAGAAGGCUGUAACAAAAUUUGCUAUUUUACAAGGGCGCAAUUUGAGCUUUGCUCUCAGCAACAAAAAGAGGCAACAAAGGUUGGGGGUUAGAUGCGUAGAUGGUUGUCCAUUUAAGUUGUAUUCCUCUUGGGAUUCUAGGAGAGCCACAUUUGUGGUAAAGACAGUUGUAGGGAAACACAAUUGUCAUAGAAAUAUGAAAAGGAACAAACAACUAAAGUCUAAAUGGGUUGCAAAACAAUUUCUUGAUGUUUUUAAAGCAAGACCCCACUGGCCAGCUAAAGAGAUCAUUGAGACCGUCAAGAGAGCAUACAAAGUAGUCAUCAAAAGGGACUUUGCGUAUAAGGUGAAGUAUUGUUCCCAUAAAAUGCUGCAUGGAUCAAUGGAAGACCACUACAGAAAAGUAGGGAGAUAUUUAAGAGCUUUACAAAAUUCCAGCCCUAAGAGUGAACUGCAAUUGGUCACUAAUGAAAAAGACAACCUCUCUGCCCCAGUAUUUCAGAGGUUAUUCACGUGCUUUGAGGGGCUACAAAAAGGAUGGAAAGAGGGGUGUAGGAAGGUGAUAUGUGUGGAUGCUUGUUUUCUAAAAACUUUCCUUGGUGGGCAGUUGUUAUCUGCAAUAGGUAGAGAUGGUAACGACCAAAUGUAUCCUAUUGCAUGGGCAGUCGUAGAAGCUGAAAAUAAUCUGGCAUGGGAGUGGUUCUUCUUGUUACUUCAAAGGUGUCUAGACUUGGGAGAGGGUGCAGAUAUAGCAAUUAUUUCAGACGAGCAUCAAGCUAUUUUGAAUGCGGUUUCAAAAGUUCUUCCUUUAGCUGAACACCGACACUGCGCAAGACAUAUUUUUGCGUUAUGGCAUAAAUCAAACAGAGGAGAUGACAUGAAGUUGAAGUUUUGGAAAAUUGCUAAAGCGUAUAACAUGGCUGAUUAUAACGAGGCAAUUGAUGAGUUGGCAGAAGCAAAUCCAGAGGCUGCUACCGCAUUUCUAAGCUACAAUCCUAAGUGCUUUUGUAGAGCAUUUAUGAAUACUAGUAUAAAAUGUGAUGCCAUCACGAACAAUAUGGCUGAAACAUUUAAUGGCUACAUCAUAAAUGCAAGGACAAAGCAUCUUAUUUACAUGUUGGAGGAUAUAAGAGCUGCAUUAAUGCAAAGACUAGUCCUGAAGAGGCAGGAAAUGGAGAAUGCACAGUCACUACUAUGCCCAAGGAUUCAAGCUAAAAUAGAACUUGAGAAAGCUAAAGCUUCAUAUUGUGAUGUUCUGCCAUCCACCUUUCACACCUUCCAAGUGAAUAUGAAUUUAGAUAGUCUGAAUGUUGAUCUUCAAGCUAGGACAUGUACAUGUAGAAAAUGGGAUAUGACGGGUUUACCAUGUUGUCAUGCAAUAGCAUGCAUUUUUUUCCUACAUCAAGAGGUAGAGGACUAUGUUGAGGGCUGCUAUAAGAGGGAGAUUUACUUGAGGGCAUAUGCGGGAUUUAUUCCCCCUUGUGAAGGUGAGAGGCACUGGCCACGAAUUGACUGCCCAUUGUACCCCCCUCCAAUAAAAAUUGGUCCUGGAAGACCAAGACGUAAUAGAAAAAAGGACCCAUUUGAAGACCCCAAAAAAAGUGGCAAGCUGACUAGACAUGGCAUGGAGAUGACUUGUAGCAUUUGUCAGAUUAAAGGCCACAAUAAAAGAAGGUGUCCAAACAGAGACAAAGUUGUGGUCCAAGAACCUCAACUUAAGAGAGCUAGGGGUCGGCCAAGAAAUGACGGAAAAGCUCCCCAAGCUUCUAAACCAACAACUGAGUCACUUAACCAUCAUUCAGCCACAGCCGAACCUAACAAACUAGGUAGGGGAGGGAGAGUCAUCAGAGGAGGGAGAGGAUCUAGAGGAGGAAGAGGAUCUAGAGGCGGGAGGGAAUCUAGAGGAGGCAAAGAUAGAACUGGGGAUAAAAAUAAGGUACCUAAAGGAUUUGGGGUAUUCAUUGCUAAUGAUGGUUCUACAUACACCCAUGUCCCAGGUCAAUCAGGAGGAGCAAGAUUAGUGAGUGAAGGGCCAGUUUCUGCAGCAACUAUAUCACAACUAAGUCAGUGUUCCAGUUUUGGGAAAAAUUCAUGAAGUUUGGCGAUAGUAGAAUAGAUAGCUAUGGUCAUUGAUAGAUCUGUAUAAUGGGGUCAUUCAUAGAUCUCUGUUGUGACCAUCUUUUGAUCUGUUUUUUUUGUAUUCAGUACUUGUAAUCUGGCCAUGUGCAUGUACUCUGUUUUGUAAUUUUGGCUACUUUAACUUCUCCAAGCUUGUGAACAGAGAAAACUAGCUGUUCUUGACAUAUGUACUGGCAUCAUGUGCUCUUAAAUUUUCAAUCCAG